UAUAUUACAUCAUUUUCGUUUUUCUUUGUUUCUCGACUUAGGGUUUCUACGAGGAGAGAAUCAGAGCCGCUGCAGCCGUCGUCGCCAUGGUGAAGUUUCUAAAACCCAACAAGGCCGUGAUCGUUCUCCAAGGCCGAUACGCCGGACGCAAAGCCGUGAUCGUGAAAUCCUCCGACGAAGGCACACGUGACCGCCCCUAUGGCCACUGUUUGGUUGCAGGGAUAAAGAAGUACCCAAGCAAGGUUAUCCGCAAGGACUCCGCCAAGAAAACAGCCAAGAAAUCACGCGUCAAGUGCUUCGUCAAGCUCGUGAAUUACCAGCACCUGAUGCCCACGCGCUACACCCUCGACGUGGACUUGAAAGACGUGGUUACUGUCGAUGCUCUCCAGUCAAAGGACAAGAAAGUGGCUGCUUGUAAGGCCACCAAGGAGAGGUUUGAAGAAAGGUUCAAGACCGGAAAGAACCGGUGGUUCUUUACUAAGCUUAGGUUUUGAAGGGUUUGUUGGAUUUGUCGUUAAAAAAAGUUUGAGAUUUAUGCAUUGUCUUAAACAUUUUAGGUUUAAAGGCCGGAUUUGAAACUGUUUCAAUGAGAUAUUUCUGGGUUCUUGUUGUUAUAUGAAA